AUGUUCGACCCGGAAGAGUUCAAAGAAGGGCUGGAAUGCGCGGUUUGCCUCUCCGAAAUCUCCCAAGGCGAAAAAACCAGGCUUUUGCCCAAAUGCAGCCAUGGAUUUCACCUGGACUGUAUUGACAUGUGGUUCGAGUCACAUUCCACUUGCCCUUUAUGUCGAAACCCGGUUAAAAAUCCAAAUUGCUCGGGGUCCUCAGACGAGCCACAGUUAAAUUCUGUUGUAAUUCAAAUUCCGGCAGUUGAAAAUUUGGGAGAAGAUAGCAACUUUCAGACUGAAACCCCGAAUUUUCCAACCAACGUGUUGAUUUGGGGAGAUGAGACUCAAGUCAGCACAUUUACUCCUGUUGAGGAUGCUAAUGAUAAUAACAAUAAUGUUGUUUUUGUUGAGCAAUCACCGAGUUUACCGAGUUCAUCUUUACCAGUCGAGUCAACUAGCAGCUUGUCGGAGAUUGCACGUCAGGUGAAUGAGGAAGACGAACAAAAAUCUUCGAUGUCCACGAGACUCCAGUCGAUAAAAAGACUGUUGAGUUAUAAUAGUUAUAAUAGAAGGGUUAAUCCUUCUGGUUCGAUAAAUUCGGAUGUUGAGCAAGACUUGCGAUAG